AGAAGUGGGAAUAAGAGGACUUGAGGGGUCUCUCUCUCUCUCUCUCUCUCUCUAUACUUACAGCCAAAGAAGAAGUGGAGAAGAGGACCAAACUAAGGAACCAACACACUCAAAACUCAAAAAACCAAUAUUUCUUUUGUGCACUACUUGUGGUGCAUGAUUAAUUAACUCCUUGCUUGGUGGCCUGAGAAUUAAACGAUGCCAAACCAGCUAUGGUUUGCACUGCUAAUGACUUGCAAGAGUGGAAAGAUUUCCCUAAGGGCCUUAGAGUACUUGUGCUUGAUGAAGAUCGAAAUUCGGCUUCCGAGAUAAGAUCAAUGCUUGAGACAAUGGAUUAUAUUGUUUCUACAUUCUGCAAUGAGACCGAAGCAUUGUCGGCAUUUUCAAGUAAACCUGAAAGUUUCCAUCUUGCUAUAGUAGAGGUGAAUACGAGCAACGGAAAUGGGACAUUCAAGUUUCUUGAAACUGCUAAGGAAUUGCCAAUAAUUAUGACUUCUAACAUUCAAUGUUUGAGCACUAUGAUGAAGUGCAUAGCGCUCGGUGCAGUGGAAUUCUUGCGAAAACCGCUUUCUGAGGACAAGCUUAGGAACAUUUGGCAGCAUGUUGUUCAUAAGGCAUUUAAUGCAGGAGGUGGGGUUCUCUCCGAGCCACUCAAGCCUGUCAAAGAAUCGCCAGCGUUCAUGCUGCAUGUUGACAUGGAAAAUGGAGAUCCCGAUAAGAAAAUUUUGAAUGAAAGAGAGAAUUCAUCUGAGAUUCAAGAAAAUGAUCAUGAGCAAUCAACAGGAAGUGAUAAGUACCCCGCUCCUUCAACCCCGCAGUUGAAGCAGGGAGCUCGGUUAUUGGAUGAUGGAGAUUGCCAAGAUCACACCAACUGCUCCCCUGAGAAAGAGAGUGGAGAGCAAGAUGGUGAAUCGAAAUCCGUCGAAACAACAUUAGGCGACUCAGUUGCUGAAGCUACUCUCUUAGUGGACCAACCAGAGAUGCCAAGCAAGUUAAUAGUCAAAGAGGAGGAGGAAUCUGUAGAUGGUACUAAGAAUGAGAGUAACAUGUCUUCUAAACUAAAACACGGUGACAGCCAAAGGAAGGUUAAUGGUAGUGCUGAAAAUCCGACUAAAGCAUCGGGUCUGAAUAAUUCCUCUCUGUCUAAAUCUAACCGGAAGAAGAUGAAGGUAGACUGGACACCUGAACUGCACAAGAAAUUUGUGCAGGCAGUGGAGCAACUGGGUGUCGAUCAAGCCAUUCCGUCUCGAAUACUCGAGUUGAUGAAAGUUGAAGGCUUGACAAGGCAUAAUGUAGCUAGCCAUCUCCAGAAAUAUCGAAUGCAUAAGAGGCACAUCUUACCCAAAGAAGACGACCGAAGAUGGCCACGACCACCAGACACGGUGCAAAGAAACUAUUAUCCUCAGCAGCCCAUCAUGGCCUACCCCUCGUAUCAUUCUAAUCACGCUGUACCAGUUCCACCAGUCUAUCCUAUGUGGGGACAACCAGGGAGUCACCCAACCGGUGUCCAGGUGUGGGGCCCGCCUGCUUAUCCUCCAUGGCAACCUGCAGAAAGUUGGCAUUGGAAACCUUAUCCUGGGAUGAAUGCCGACGCAUGGGGUUGCCCUGUAAUGCCACCUCCUCACGGCCCGUAUGCUUCUUAUCCUCAAAACGCAUCAGGGUUCCACAAUGUAGGCGUAUUCGACAAUGGCUGCAACACGCCGCAUAAUUCUUUUGACCUUUAUCCGGCAGAGGAGGUAAUUGACAAGGUUGUAAAGGAGGCAAUAAACAAGCCAUGGUUACCCCUCCCUUUAGGCCUCAAACCUCCUUCCGCUGAUAGUGUUCUAUCUGAGCUCUCUAGGCAAGGCAUCUCCAAGAUCCCACCUAAUCUCAACGGCUCAAAUUCCAUCUGUAAAGGCACUGGCUCCAAUCAUGGAUGAAAAUGGACGGUCCUCGUCAAAAGGGGUAGUUGGUACCAUCCAAUCAAGUUCAUACUCCGCUAUUAGCAACAAUUUUGUUUUUGAGCGCAAGAUUGGCUUGAUGUUGGGACUUGAUUGGUGGGGACCAGCUACUUUUCCUAGUCUUGGUUCCACUUGAUCAGAAAAGGGCCCCACCAACCGGACAGUGAAAAGUCAGUCUGCCAGAGAUGUGUACAAAAAAGUGAAAUGGGUGAGAAUAUGAGUUGAUGAACAAACAGACAAAGAUCAGGUGAAGCAGCUCUAUGUCUGUGAACGCAUGGAUGAACGGCUGGGAAUUUGCCACGCAUGUGAAUUUUGUAGCAUAUAUCAUGGGAACUUUUGGCUGUAAAUAAACCCUAGGUGGGACCCACAUGGGUUUGUAACUUUUUUUUUAUAUUUGUUACGGGAGAUUCUCUAAUACAUAUUACUUAGGUGA